CACUUCAUUAUUCAUAGCCAGCUAGCAUCAAUGGCGGGAAACAUCGCUCACCGAUGGGAGGAGAUCAGCGGCAAGGAUAACUGGAACAAUCUGCUUGAUCCUCUCGACCUCGACCUACGACGAAGCAUACUCAACUAUGGUAACUUGAAUGAAGCAGUUGGUGAUGCUUUCAACGAUGUGAAGGUAUCGAAGAACUACGGCACUAGCCGGUAUUCGAAGGCCAACUUGUUUGAUAGGGUGGGCCUUGUGAAAGGAAAUCCAUUUAAAUAUGAAGUGACCAAGUUCUUCUACGCAACGUCUGAGAUUGAUCUUCCUGAAAUUCUCUUUGUUAGUAACUCGAGCUGGAUAGGAUACGUUGCAGUGGCCACUGAUGAAGGGAAGGUAGCGCUGGGGAGGAGGGACAUAGUGAUAUCCUGGCGCGGAACACGUCUGGAUUCUGAAUGGAUAAACGAUAUCACUGUCAACAUGGUUUCGGCUUCUGAAAUAUUGGGGAACGCUUCUACUGGAGGUGGCGCCAAAGACCCCAAAGUGCACGAGGGUUUCUUAUCAAUCUACACCUCCACUGAUCCAGAAUCCUCCUACAGCAAGACUAGUGCCAGAGAACAGGUCUUAACUGAGGUAAGAAGACUAGUGGAAAUAUAUAAGAAUGAAGAGAUCAGCAUUACUGUGGUCGGCCACAGCAUGGGUGCAGCGGUCGCCACUAUCAAUGCAGCCGACAUUGUGGGCAAUGGUGCUAACAAGGUCAAUGAUAUCUCUGGUAAGGCCUGCCCAGUCACCGCCAUCGUCUUCGCGUGCCCUCUAGUUGGGGACUCCGACUUCAAGCUCGCCUUCUCUUCGAUGAAUGAUCUACGGCUGCUACGUGUCCGAAAUGUCCCUGACAUUGUCCCUGGCCUCCCUAUUUUUGGGUUUGUUAAUAACAACCUGUUAAAGCCGAUUAGGUACGUGGAGGUCGGCGUGGAACUAUCAUUCGACUCGCGAGAUUCGAACUACUUGAAGUCCACUGACAAGAGCUGGCACAACUUAGAAGUCUAUUUGCAUGGGGUUGCAGGGACGCAAGGGAGUAAAGGAGGGUUUGAACUUGAAGUGAAUCGUGACAUAAACCUUGUGAAUAAAGGGACAGAUGCGUUGAAGGAUGACUAUAGCAUCCCUAGUUCAUGGUGGAUUGAGAAAAAUAAGGGUAUGGUGCAACAUGAUGAUGGGACAUGGCAUUUGGACGACCGUGAGGAAGACACCCCAGACGUUUGAAUUUUAAGUGGUCUAAAUAGAUGGGGUCAUGUACAAUAAAUAAAUGAAAUAUGAGAAUAAACUGUAUACGUGCCAUAUGUAACCGUUCAUUCAUUGUGUUCAACCGUGGGAUAGAUCAUGGACAAAAAAUGCGGUGUUCAAACAAUCCUAACCAUUAUAAAAAUGGUGCACUAGGUGAUUUAGUACACCAAUUUUUAAAUGGUUUUGAUCAAUGUAAUUUACGAAUUAUGUCCAUGAUCCAUUCUUGGUUGUUUCUGGUGAAUGAAUGAUUUGGAUCACCAUACACAUAUGUCAUGUGUACUAUGGAUGAAUGGACUUUGUCCUCUUGAAUGUUUUCUUGUUUAAUUAGAAUAAGCGUAUGCAGAGUGUAGACCUGGAAUCUAUAAUAAAAAGUAGCAGUGACCUUACUAAAUCUGGUGCUUUGCCUCUUC